AUUUGUAUGCAGUGAGAAUAUCCCUUAUUUUAAUUUAGUUUUAAACUUUUAUUUCUUUUACGUCUCAUAGUAACAGAAAUGGAUAGCUAUAAGCGCCAGUUGUUAAGUAAAUUAAACUAAGUAAACAAAAACAAUUCUUGCUGUCGGAAUAUGAUGAAUUGAAAAUUGACUGAAAUGCUGUGGAAUAGAAAAAUAUUUUACUAUACCUCUGCUCUUGCUGGUGGAUGUUAUUCACUGAGGUGCUUACAUAAAGCUCUAAAAGUCCAAUGUGAAAUUCCAACUUGUGAUGAAGUAACAGCAGAAGAGGAAACUUCAUUUAUCUCUAUACCAGAGAUAUCAGAAUACUACUUUGACGAUGAAGAUGUAUCACAGAAGUUUUUUCCUCAUCAUAACACUUCUCAAUUUUGGAUGUUACUAAUGCUGACUAAGUCUAAAAAUCGUUCUGUACGUCACAAAGCUGUCAAACUUUUGUCUAAUUUAAACAAUUUGGAAAAGUGGGAAUAUGUGAUGAUUUCUCAAGCUUGUGAACCAUCCACUGCUAUUGGUCUUGCUCGAUCCCUGAAGAUACACAGAUCUUUUUUUAUAUCCCCCCAAAAGAGAACCAGUAAAAUGAGUGACACAUGCCAAUCAUUACUUGACCUCAUUACUUCAUUGCCUACAGAUGAAGUUGAUUCUUCUGUGCAAUUAUUGUUAGAUAGAGCCAAGAAAAUUGGUUAUCAAAUGUUACAAAAGAAUAGUUCAGACAUGGAUACAGAACCAGAAACUUUCAUGGAUUUUUAUCAUUCUGAAAGGAAAAAGAAGGACCUUUUAAUAUUCAGCCAACUUUGUUUAGAAGUUGUUUUCAAUUAUUCUACCAUUAAGUCUCAUAAACUCAUGUUGGUUAAAGGUGGUAUUUUGAAGCUCUUUUGGGAUAUUUUAGAAUGUACUAAGCAACAAGCUGUUAUCCAAAGUCUUGUGGCACGCACACUGGCUAAUUUUGCAUUGGAGAUAGAGUUAAAAAAUCAUUUGUACUGUACAGGCUGGAUUGGAGUUCUUGCUGCUUGGUCCAGAUCUCCCCAUAUUGAUGUAAGUUUGCCAUCUGUGAAAGCUCUUGCAAACUUAGAUGAUGAUGAUUUUAACUACUGUGUGUAUGACUCAGAUGUAUAUUUAUUGCACCCAAUGUUCAGACUCGGUGACAGAAAGUUGGAUGCUGAUGUCAUAUUUAUUCACGGUAUAAAUGGUGCUACAUUUUGGACAUGGAGACAAAGUGAUAAUAUGAAAAAAUACAUUAGAGAUUAUAAUCCAGUUGAUUCUAAUAUUUUAGAUUUCUCGAGCUUAGUUAGUCACUAUCUUCAUUCUUAUACAUUUUGCUGGCCAAAGGAUUGGUUAGCAGUGGAUUUUCCCAAUGUACGUAUUUUAUCGAUUGACUAUCACACUGAGCUUAACAAGAAAAAAUCAAUCAAGUCUGAACAAAAAGGAAAAGAAAUCUUCUGUUCCAAGACUAAACUGUUAUUGUCUUCACUUUUAAAAGCAAAUGUUGGUGAAAAACCUAUAAUAUGGGUAACACAUUCCAUGGGAGGUCUUCUACUGAAACAACUUCUUAUUGAAGCUUCUGAAAGCCAAGAUGACAAAGCUAAUUUAAUCACUAAGAAUACUACUGGGAUAAUAUUUUUCAGUGUACCUCAUAAAGGAAGUGAACUUGCCAGCUUUAUGCAGUCAGUUUCUUACAUUUUUAAACCAUCUGUUGACGUUUCUCAGCUACAAAGAGAUUCCCCAUUAUUACUUUCUUUGCACAAUGAUUUUAUGAAGAUCGUUAAGAACAACAACAUUGGAGUUUUAAGUUUUGCUGAAACAAAGAAAUCUAAAUGGUUACUGAAUUGGGAAUUGGUUUCUAAGGAAUCAGCAUAUCCUGGAUUUGGAGAAUUCAAUCUUCUUCCUGUUGAUCAUUUAAGUACAUGUAAACCAGAGUCCCGAGAUUCAACUGUUUAUCUUAAAAUUAAAGGAUUUUUACAGCAACAUAUUCCUAUCAGAAAAAGUGCCUCUAAAUCGUAUUUAGAAACUGAACUAAAAACUUAUAUAUGUUUAAUACCAUAAAAUUGAAAUAAAUAUGUCAUAAAGUG